GGUCAGCCUCGCAGGAUGUCAGAGCAGAGGUGAUUCUCAGAGCAAACUUCCCAUAGCUCCAACUAUGGAGGGCCUGUGGUCCUAUCUCCUCUACCUCUGUGGGGUCCUUGUGAACGUCUUCUCCCUGUGCGAGAGUCCCAUGAAGCUGCAGGCCAACGAACUGGACCGAGACCAGUAUCUCGGCAGGUGGCUCUUCAUAGCCGCCGCUUCGUCAUCUCCGUCCUCGCUGGAGAAGUUCACCACCACCGACAGCACCAUGUUUAGCAUGACUCAGAGCAACAGCCCAGAGCGAUUGCAACUACAGGCCGCCAUCCGACUGAACACAGGUCAGUGUUUCCACAAAUCAUGGAUUUACUUGCUUAAGGAAGAGAGCCCUGAUCUGGGUACAGAAGGUCGGCCCCACAUGAGGACACAGCUGUUCUCUGCCAAGUGUCCUGACUCCAUCAUUGUCCAGGAAACAGACCAGGACUAUCAUAGGAUCCUUCUGUACUCCCGGGUCCUCCAUCCUGCUGAAGACUGUGUUGCUGAUUUCAAGGAUAAAGCUUCCUGUCUUGAAAUGAGUGAAUUCCUACUUAUACCCAGGACUCAAGGUGCCUGCGAAUUCCAAGAAACCUGAACCUUGAACUCUGAGCUUCAGACCCACGACGGCAGGAAUUAAUCAUCUACUGAAGUUUCUCUCUCUCCCUCACUUGGAGAAUCGAUUGCGUCACACAUCUCAUGGCGUUAAAUAAAGUUCCUUUUCUGGUGGCCAUAAAACAACCCGCCACCAACAAA